AUGGCUGCCUUCACUUUCACCACUGUCUCUGCCCCUACCAACUUUGGCCGAAGCGGCUACAACAAGGAUGGCGACUCUGAGGACGACAAGCGAAACUUUGGACGCAGUGGCUACAACAAAGACGGUGACGACGAUGACAAGAAGAACUUUGGACGAAGCGGCUAUAACAAGGAUGGUGACGAGGAAGACAGCCGGCUAAGCAACUUCGGCCGGAGCGGUUACAACUAA